AUGGAAACAAAACAUACGGAUAAAUCGGAUAGUGAUAGUGGCAAUCAAUCGGGUUCAAUUUCCACAUCGGAAUUUUUAGAUUUUUUAAAGUUAGCAUGCCAUGUACACGAGUCAAUUAUUCUUAAGAAUGAAAAUGGUAAAAAUGUGGAUUUCAACGCAUUAGCAAAAUACGAAUUAGUGAACAGACUAUUGAAUUCAAAAUCAGGUCAAAGUCCCAAAUUAAACGUGCCUGAAGAUGGUUGUAGCACGGAUAAAAAUGAUGGAAGUUCUCAAAUUGAAAGUAAUUUGGUCCAGAAAUGGAAUCGAAGCUUCAAAGGGCGGCACAGUUUCAAUGAGAAAUUACCAUUGGAUUCAAUUCUUACCGAAAAAUUGAAUGAAGUCAUUAGCGAAGGAAUUUUAGACUCAAUUUUACCAUUUAUUUGUGCAGCAAAUUUGCCGACACAAAGUGAUAAAUUGAAUGUGAGCCACACAUGCGGUUUAAAAACGAAAUCAAACGGCAAUGCAAAAUUGUUGAGUCCACGAAUAGUUGUGAAUAAUGGUGAAACGACAAAUACCAGCAGAUCGAGUAAUGAAAAUCCAAAUCUAAGAUCAUCAUCGAAAGAAGGACAUCAACGCCGAAAAUCGAGUCAAUCACUCGGUUUGCUAUCCGAUCACGAAGUCUUGAUUCAUGUUUGUGAUGAGGUUAAAGGAACGUCCAAGGAUUUUUCAUGUCCGCAAAGAUUGUUGGUUACAAAAAUGGGCUAUUUCGCUGAUGUAACAGCUGGUCAACGGCUCGAGGACAUGGACAUUUCGGUUCAUUGUGAUUUACAAAUAUUUGAAUGGCUCAUGCGAUGGGUUAAAAAGGAUGCACUCUCCGAAGAAAUGUGGCCACUACUUGAUUCAAUAAAUGUUGUUCCUAUUCUCGUUUCUGCUGGUUUUCUACAAAUGGAACCACUUUUGUUAGAUUGUUUAGCUUAUUGUCAUGCAAAUUUAAAUGAAAUUGUUAAAGCGUCCGCAAAUUUAUCCUGUCUGAAUGAAAGUAUUAUAUCACGAUUGGCCGCAAUGUUUACAAAUUUAGAAUUAGAAAUGGUUAAAGAUAAAAAGGAGCGCGUUACACCGCGCAUAUGGAUUAAAAUGAUUCAAAGUUUAUGUGAACCACCACAAGCACUCAGAGGACAUUAUGGCAGUCUUUGUGAUUUAUUUCGAUGUUCACGGUGCCUAAAAUGUGUCAAUGAAUCGAUGGCGACUAUAAUUCACUGUGAUCCUUCAAAUAUGCAUUUGAAUCGAUACGGCCAAGUAAUAAGUCAACAUUGUCGGGAUACAUCAUGGAAUUUUAAUCAUUUUAUUUCAACACUGUAUAAAGAGCUCAAAUCUUGGCGAAAAGUUUAUUGGCGUCUAUGGGGGAAUGUUCAUUAUUUAUAUUGCGCAACAUGUGAAAGCUACUUUCCAUUGUACCAGAUGAACUGGUGUUUGUAUCAUUCAGAGCAAGCGCAAUUUUUGGGACCUGUAACGGAAACCAGAAUGCCAGGACCAGCUGGAAGAUACACAUGCUGUGGCCAACAAGCAUUUCGCUACGAAACUCUGCCGGGACCAAUGGGAUGCCAAUAUCGAGAGCAUACUGUGCAAAUACUUAACGACAAGGAUCGUGCCAUAUUAAAAUUGGCUCAAGUAGCGGCCGAAGGAAAUUGUUUAUAUGAACCACCACCAAGUAAACUACUGAAGGCCAGUGUUCUGAAUGAAACAUGGUGGAAUGGCAUUAUACUAACGCCGACAAAAGAUCGUCCGGGACUAUUACCUCCAAUUGUACUCGCUGUGGAGAAUCGGAAUGGACGUGCCAAAGUGUGCAUUCAGUCUUCGGCCUCAUUUGAAUCGAGCAGUGACAGUGAAUCGAGUAAUAAUUAUAAAACAAAUAAAUUGCUAAAGCAAUUCUCAACAACGAGCAGUGAUGGAUGUGAAUCAGAUUACAGCAGCCCACGACCUGUAAAACCAAGAAUGAGACCAGUGCAAAGUCGCAAGCCAAAACCAAGUGGACGUCAUUGGUCGGGUGAGAUUUCGGCACGCAGCAAUCAAGAUAAUCAAAGAGAAUUUGAAGAACGUGCCAUGCGACACAUAAUAUCAAUGGUACGAAAAAAAGUCGGAAACGAAAAUCAAAUUCAACAAGAAUCACAAUCAAUUGGGGGUAGUUAUGUGCAUUUGGAAGCCGAAUGGCGAGAGAAACAUCGUCAAAAUAAAGUCAAACUAACCGGCAAAUAAGAAUGGAAAAAAAUAAACACCGAAAAUAUCUUCAUUUAUCAAUUUAAUUUCGAUUUUUAAUCAUGAACUUACAUUUAUAUAAAUUGAGAAGCAUCUCUU